AUGCAGGGUCCCUCACUGACCCUGGAACCAGCAAGUCACAGACUUGUCUCCAUCUCCCACAGUGCUGGGGUCAUAGAGUCACCUGUGUGGGAAGCCGUGCUGGAGUACCUGAAGGCGGAGAUCCUGGAGCUGGCUGGCAAUGCGGCCCGCGACAACAAGAAGACGCGCAUCAUCCCGCGCCACCUGCAGCUGGCCAUUCGCAACGACGAGGAGCUCAACAAGCUGCUGGGCCGCGUGACGAUUGCGCAGGGCGGCGUCCUGCCCAACAUCCAGGAGGUGCUGCUGCCCAAGAAGACCGAGAGCCACCACAAGGCCAAGGGAAAGUGA